CGUAUGUUUGAUUUGAUUUGUUUCAUUUUUUUUCAUUUCCAAAAAUGUAAUUUGUUCCAAUACCAGGAAUGAUAAUUUGAUUGAUUUUGUAAAGAUCUCAAUUCGUGUAAUUAUGGAAUAACCACAUCAACAACAACAACAAAAACAACAACAGCCAUCACCAUCGUUGUCAUCUUGAUUUCUUCAUAAUUCACACAUAUCAACAACAACAGCGGCAACAAUGCGUAUGAACGAGAUACAAUUAUUGGCAUUGGCUGAAAAAGCCUUGCAUGAUAAUGGCAUACGUGGUUUUCUAUUCAAACGUACAUCAGAAAAUUCAAAAUGGCAAUUACGUUAUUUUGUUUUAUUUCAAAAUCUUUUAUUUUAUUUUGAAAAUGAACAUACACAAAAACCUUCGGGCAUAAUAUUUUUGGAAGGUUCAUAUUGUGAUAAAAUGGUCAUAACGACAUCGAAAACAAUCACCGCUACCGUUGGUUUAGGUGGCAAUACAUCGACCAAUCUUCAGCAUUAUUUUACAAUCACGUAUCGUAAAGAAGGUUCAAAAACUUUUGAACUAAAAGCCGAAACUGAAACCAAAUGCAAUGCAUGGGUACAUGCCAUUGAAAAUGCAAGCUAUUCAAAAAUGUUAUUACAAAAAGAAGAAUUGGAACAAAAACAUUUACAUCUAGUGCAGAUUGUUGAAAGUGAAAAAACCGCUAAAUGGCAAUACACACAACAAUGUGAAGAAUUGACAAUGGAAAUUAAAAAAUUACGUGCCGAGCUUUUCUCAUUGAAUCGUGAAUGGCGUUUAGCACCGAAUAAUCGUAAUCAAAAUCUAUUAGAACUUGGUGGCCUAAACGAUGAUAGUGAAGAGAUAAGAAAAAUAAAAAAAGUUCAAAGUUUUUUCCGUGGCUGGCUUUGUCGUCGUCGAUGGAAACAGAUUGUUAUUGAAUAUAUUAAUUCACCGCAUGCUGAAAGUAUGCGUAAAAGAAAUAGUCUCGUAUUUCGUAUGGUCGAAGCAGAAGAAGAAUAUCUUGAACAAUUACAAUUGAUGGUAUCCUGUUUUUUACGUCCAUUCAAAAUGGCUGCCAGUUCACAGAAACCACCAUGUUCACAUGAUGAAGUUAAUUCAAUAUUUUUGAAUGCCGAAACCGUUAUGUUUUUACAUCAAAUUUUCUUGAAAGGAUUGACAGCUCGUAUGGAAUGUUGGCCAACAUUGGUAUUAGGAGAUUUGUUCGACAUGUUGUUGCCCAUGUUGAGCAUAUAUCAGGAAUAUGUUAGAAAUCAUCAUUUCUCAUUACAAGUAUUGGCCGAAUGUAAACAACGGGAAAAAUUUGCUUCAAUGUUACGACGAUUAGAAGAAAAACCAAUCAUACAGGGACGUACAUUGGAAACAUUUCUAACAUAUCCAAUGCAUCAGGUACCACGUUAUAUAAUAACAUUACAUGAAUUAUUGGCACAUACACCACAUAAUCAUGUUGAAAGAAAAAGUUUGGAAAAUGCACGAAUGAAAUUGGAAGAAUUAUCAAGGCAAAUGCAUGAUGAAGUUAGUGAAACGGAAAAUAUCCGUAACAAUCUGGCCAUUGAACGUAUUAUUGUCGGUGGUUGUGAUAUAUUGCUCGAUGUUAAUCAGGUUUUCAUCCGUAAAGGAUGUGUUAUACAAGUAUUGAAUAGUGAUCGUAGUAAAACAACUAGCCGUGUUGCACGUAUUGGUUCAUUUCGUGGUCUUAUUGAAAAAGAAAUCAUGCGACAAUGUUAUCUAUUCUCUAAUCAUAUGCUUCUUUGUACAAGAACUUCUGGUGGAAAAUUAUCAUUAGUUGAUGGAAUUGGAAAAAUUCCAUUAGCCGAAGCAACAUUGAUUGAAGAUCCAAAUGAACAAUUUCAAUUCACCGUGGAUGAUACAGAAGGCUCUAUUAGCUCAACUUCAAGUCAUUCAAGUGAUGCUGGUACCGGGACCGGUACUGGAACUGGAACUGUAGGAACAUUGAUAAAUACUACUGGUACAAAUAUACCAUCGUUUAUAAAUCAAACAACAACAACAACAGCAACAACAACAACCAAUGUAUCAUCAUCAACAGCAACAAAUAAUGCAACAACAGCAACGCCAACACAUUCAGGAAAAGAUUAUGGUGGUCUGGAUUUCAAGAUAAUUGUUGAUUGCAAAACUGGACCACCGGUAACCGUACAUUUGGUUGCACCAACAUUGCAGGAAAAAACAGCAUGGAUAUCGGAUAUUAGCCAGUGUAUUGACAACGUCCAUUUCAAUGAUUUAUUUCAUGGAACAUUGAAUGAUUCAUCAUCUAUUACUAUGCCACAUUCGAUCAGAAACGAUCCACGUCUUUUUAAAGAUGAUGUUGAUAUACGUUUUAGUCGUACAUUGAAUUCAUGUAAAUUACCUCAAAUUCGUUAUGCUAGUCCUGAACGUUUAUUUGAACGUUUAACUGAUCUACGAUUUUUAAGCAUCGAUUUUUUAAAUACAUUUCUACUCACAUAUCGUGUAUUCACUGAUAGUAUUACGGUUAUUGAAGCAUUGAAACGUGUCCAUUAUAGUCCAGAUCUAUCGACAAUGAAUGCAUCAUUACAUGAUUCAUCUGGUUCAUUAGAAGAAGGAACCGGUGGUGGUGGUGGUGGUGGUGGUGGUGGUAAUAAUAAUGCAAAUGGCAAUACAACCACAAAAAUAGAUUCAACACAUUUACAUCCUGGCCAAUCACCAUAUCAUUAUUCUGGUAUUAUAACAACGACCAAUUCGCUCAAUACAUCACAUUCAAAUACUGGUGGUGGUGGUGUUGGUGUUGGUGGUGGUGGUGGCGGUGGCAGUAGUGGUGUCUCUGCAACUAUUAUUGGAAAUGUCAAUGUUAAUAAUGUAUCAGCUGCCAAUGAAUAUUUAUCAACCACAAUUGAUUAUGAUUAUUCACGUCGUGUUAGUAAUAGUUCAGUACUUUCUGAUCUUAAUGAUCUUGGUCAUCGUGAAUCUAUUGUAUCGACCAAUUCAGAAUCAACAGCUGGUCAACAAUUGGCACAAGUACAGCAAAUGUUUGCAUCGAAUACAAUACGUAAUAAUCAACAUUGGCGUUUAAGUUAUCGUAAAUUUGAAGAAGAACAAGCACGUGAACGUUAUUUAAAACGAAUGAAUAAUCGUUUAGCUCAUGGAAGUAUUUCAUCGACAACCUCAUCAAAUGUGGGCAAUAAUAAUGAAAAUAUACAAACUACUAGCGGCAGCAGCAACAACACUAAUACCGGUAAUAAUAUUAGCAGCAGUAGUGGUCAUUUUCAAUUACCAGCUGGUGAACCUAUGCUUACACCAGCAAUUACUGAUCCAAUUGCCGUUCCAGUUCCACCGCCACCAAGUCCAGAAGUUCCGGGUUAUUUACAAAAAAGUACAAAAGAAGCUUCCUCAACAUCAUCAUUAAUGGCUGAUAAUAAAGAAUCGGCCACUAGUAGUAGCAAUGAUGAUCGUUCACCUAGUCCAACUGAAUCAUCAUCUAGUCAUCAAUCCAAACAAAUGACAGCAAUACAUCGUCCAAAUCAACAUUUACGAAUAAUAACAAAUAAUAAUAAUAAUAAUAACGCUGCUCAUCAGGAUCAAGUUUUAUCACCACAUUCACAAUCAUGUGAUACAUUGACAAAUAAUUCUGAACAAAGUUAUCCAGCAUCACCAUUAAGUUCAGCAACCAGUUCAGCCACAUUGGUUGGUACAGAUUCACAUACAUGUUCACCGAAACCAAGUCCAGUACAGAAAACAUCACCACAUAGUUUACCAGGACAAAAUUCUGCUGAACAUGGUGCUGUGAAUCAAGAUUAUGAAACUAUACCGGAAGAAAAUGUAGAAAAUCGACAAAGAUUAGUACAGAAUACUGUUGCUGCAUUACAUGAUCAGUUAAGUGAAGGAACACCACCUCCAACGCCACCAAUACCGGGUACACCACAAAAACAAUCUCAACAUCAUCAACAACAACAUCAUCAUCAUCAUUAUCAUCAUCAUGUCCACCAACCGCCGCCAAUACCAUCACAUCCAGCAUCAUCUGCUCCACCAAUAUCUAGUGUUGGUUCGUGUUUUGUUUUGCCACCGAAAAGUCAAAAUCCCAAAUCUACUGAAUCUCGAUCAGGAAGUAUUUCGGUUCCACCACCAGUAAAAUCAUCUGAAUCACGUUCUGGUAGUAUUGGCCAUUCUUCUGCACCGUCGGGUAGAUUAAGUGCAACCAGUAUGAAUUAUCUUCGUGUUCGUGGAGCCGGUUCUAAACGUGGAUCAGGUAGUAGUGAAUGUGAAAGUAUGGCCAGUUCAUCUGUAACACCACGAUCAUCAUUUCAAACGGACACAAGUAUCAGUACGGCACGUAGUUCAUUUCAACAUCCAGAAUCACCACAAAUGUCUAGCAAAGCCGGUGUUGUUGUUAUUUCAUCACGUGCUACGUCACGACGUUCAAGUACAGCUUCAGCAGCUUCCGCUUUUGCUGCAGCAACAGCUGCAUCUAGUAAUCCACCAGAACCAACGGAUCCUAUGAUGAAACAGGUGAUUGUAUCACGUGGUAGUAGCCGAUUUUCAAGUGCAGCUGGUGCAGAUCUGAAGAUACCAAAUAGCCAAGGUGGCGGCGAUAGGACUGGAGCUACACAGAAUGCACAGAAUAUUGCUGCUAAUAAUGAACGAAUCGCUCAACGAGCUAAACGUGAAUCUAUGAUUAGUACGGCCGCUACAAUGCGUGUAUUGAACGUACUCAGACAUUGGGUUAGCAAACAUUCACAAGAUUUUGAAAAUGAUCAAAAAUUAUUGCAAAUUACCACGGAAUUUUUGGAAGAAUUAGUACACAAUACGAAUCUAUUGCCAGCUGAACAUAAAGCAGCUGUUCAAUUGCAACAAAUGAUUGCCAAACAAACAAUGGAAGCUAAAGAAAAAGUUGAUCUUGAUGUAUUGUUAGCAGCGCCAAUACAACCAAGUCAAGAUAAUAUUGAAACACUGUCGGCAUUAGAGAUAGCCGAAGUGAUGACAUAUUUAGAUCAUAAUAUUUUCAUUCGUAUACGAAGCGAAGAAUUUCUAGGUCAAGCAUGGAUGAAAGAAGAUAAGAGUAAAAAAGCAUUUCAUAUUCUUUUAAUGACUAAACAUUUCAACGAUAUUAGCCGUUUGGUUGCAUCGGAAAUAUUGCGUGUACCAGAGCUUCAUAAACGUGUUGCCAUCAUUGAAAAAUGGGCAGCUGUUGCCGAUAUUUGUCGAUGUUUUCAUAAUUUUAAUGGUGUUUUACAAAUAUGUGCUGCAUUCACAAAUUCAUCUGUAUAUCGUUUGAAAAGAACAUGGGAAAAGGUUGCUAAAACUACCAAACAGACUAUUGAAAAAUUGCAGACAUUAGUUUCAACAGAUGGACGUUUUCGUAAUAUGCGUGAAGCAUUACAUCGUUGUGAUCCACCGUGUAUACCGUAUUUAGGAAUGUAUUUAACCGAUUUAUCUUUCAUCGAAGAAGGAACACCAAAUUUUACUGAUGAUGGUUUAUUGAAUUUUUCCAAAAUGAGAAUGAUUGCACAUGUAAUACGAGAAAUAAGACAUUUUCAACAAACACCAUAUAAAAUGGAACAUAAUCCAAAAGUUACAAAUUAUCUGCUUGACACAUCAAGACAUUUACAAGAUGAUGAAUUAUAUCAAAUGUCAUUGACAUUGGAACCACGGUUAUCACGUUUUUCACCACGUAUACAUGUACCGAAUGUAGGAUCAACGGCAACAUCACCAUCGGCAACAACGGGCAAUCAAACAGUGGCAAGCAAUAACAAUGAUAAUACUACCAUUUCAUCGUGAAAAUGUGAAUAUCAUUGGGGUUUUUUUUUGUCGUUUAUUUGCCACACAAUUUGCUUCAUCAAUCAAUCAAUUAAACUGGCCAAAAAUGAAAAUGAAAAUGAAAUUGUCAAGUUCUCUUUGCCAAUCCAAUACCACGUGUAUAUAAACUAAAUGAAGAAAAAUUCGAAAUGCUCAUCAUCAUCAAAAAAAAAAAAAAAAAAUUUUUUGCGUGAUGAUCAACCGAUGAUAUAAUCAUGUGUCUCCUUUAAUCACGAACAGACUCACACACACA